AUGCAUUUACAUCCUUCCAAGCCCUCAUCUCGGCUCUCCGCCUUGGCCGACAACAUCGCCGAGACUGACACUCUUCUGGGCUCCACCGACUCGUUGGAAGCGGAUGCAGACGCGGAAGGCGCCUGGGGCUUGGAACAAGCGCAGACCCGCGGGGAUGACUACGACACCAAAGUCCUUGUGGCAACUUGUAUCAUCAUCGUCGUACCGGCGCUAACGGGCGCCUUUUGGUGGUUCUUUAACUAA